UUUUAUAAAUGGGAUUUUAACAAUUAAUACAAUGAAUCCACAUUGGUGAUGACUUUGGAAAUACAGUGUACAUUUUAUGCCCUGUUGCCACCAGCUCAGUUUACCAUUUUAGAAAAAAAAAAACGGGGAUAAAAUGCCCGCAACCGACCCCUCCCUGCCAGUGGAACUAACCGUACCAAGUGCACCAGUCAUAUCAAAAGGCAGCUCUCCUUCCAGCUGUCUGUACAAAAUUAAACCCCCCGACUGUCAAGAUAGACGCCUCUCGUAGGAAAGACAGCUUGGAAAAGGAGGAAAUGGACACCAGUGGUGGUUCGCAAUUUUAUUUUGGUCAUUGUGCAAAAUGCAAUAAAGAAGUGCUUGGUGCAGGAAAGGCCUGCCAGGCUUUGGGACAAAUAUUCCAUCAAACGUGUUUCACCUGCAGUGUUUGUGAUAAACGACUUCAAGGCAAACCGUUCUAUACAGUGACUGGAAGUAUCUAUUGCGAGGAGGAUUUUUUGUACUCUGGAGUUCAUCCAUCCCCUGAAGUCUGUUUCAGCUGUGAUCAGAUCAUCACAGAUAUGGUUGUGCAGGCUCGUGGGAAGACGUACCACUCGGCCUGCUUCCGUUGUGUUGUUUGCAAACAGAGCCUGGAGGAUGUUCCCUUCACCGUGGGCCCUGACGAGAAGGUUUACUGUAUUGACGAUUACCACAAGGUGCAGGCUCCUUGCUGUGCUGCUUGCAAUAAGCCCAUACUACCAACUGAGGGAUGCACAGAGUCUAUUCGAGUGGUUUCAUUUAACAAAAACUACCAUGCAGAGUGCUACGGAUGUGAAGUUGACUUUGUUUGAAGAUAAGAUUGUUGGGUAUAAAAUAAACUAUAGAAUAUUCAA